GUAGAGAGACACACAGUAGAGAGACAUACAGUAGAGAGACAUACAGUAGAGAGACAUACAGUAGAGAGACAUACAGUAGAGAGACAAAGAGUAGAGAGACCUUCGCAUUGUAUUCAAACGUAUCAUCUAUAUAAAAUAUAAUUGUUAAUAAUGGUUUUAUUGUUAUAAUGGUUAAUUGGUUUGACUUGAUCAUGUACACUUGGAGCUAUGUAUACUAACUGAAUGAUCAGAUAGAAAUAUAUAUUAUUGUGUAGAUCCAAUAUGACUGUCAGAUGGAUUGGAAUAGUGUCGGAGAUUGUGUAUCCUCUAUUCAUUGUAUUUCUACCUUCAACAUGCAGUACCAGAUUACAGCCCUGCCGUUAUUUGAAGGCAGCCAAUCCAAUAGUUUCUUAGAUCUGUAUUCAAAUUAGUUUAGAAAAAGUUGUACUUUUUUUCGGCGGGGGGGGGACCUGCAUUCAAUUCGUUUUUAGUCACCUUUAAAGUAAUUAUGUGUUGCGCCGGAAAAAAACAACAAGUUGAUUUUCCACAUAUUUAAAAGAAUUGGUCUCCCAGUGUGUUGGAUCCUGUGUUUUACCUUAUAGCCGUUACCAUAUAUAUGAUUGAAUAUCUGUUGGCUUGUGUGGAUGUAUGUAUGUGUCAUGCAACAUAGCUGACUUGAAACAUUGUUAAAAGUAUCAGGGCCGUGGGCCUUUCUCAUGAUGGAAAAGUAGCAUGAAGACAGGAACUGUGCAAUGAGUUGGGAGGGGGGCACAUUCAGAGCCGGGUGUUGCGAGAACAAGCGCUCUUUUGUUAGAUAACAGGAGCCAGGUGCGAGAUAACGGUAUGGAGUAUGAGCGCCUGGAUGUUUUUCACAAGCAAGUUUCAUCUAUCAACAGAAGCGCCAAGAGGCGGGGACCCGCCUGAGCGCCUGCAAUAGGCUGAGCAAAGUUUAAACCACGCCCAGCCUCUACUGUGAUAGGCCAACAGACGGGUUGGAACUGUCUAUCACAGUAUAAAGAAUACCGCUUACAUACAUCCUGUCAGUUCUCUGUUCUGCCCUGCGUGGUAUUACAGUGAGCCCGUAUAUACGAAAGUUGCAUUUGCCAUUUAUUACUUAGCUAAUAAAAAAUACAUAGUAUAAAAUCGGUGACUCAUUGUUAUAUUUAUCCUGAUACCAGAUUCGAAUUUACGCAACCCUAACAAGUGUCUAUGUAUAAUAAAUAGUAAGUGUCUAUGUUAGGGCGCGUUCUCUGAACCACAGAGGACAUCUGGUGCUGUGCUGUUGGUAAGGAGGUGUAAAAGACAAAAUGAGGAAUGGAAGAGGACGAAAACGAAGCAAAAAGCAUCUCAUCAUUAUCAGAGGUUUGCCCGGAGUUGGAAAGGAGCCCUAUGCAAGAAAGCUCCUUGAUGAAUUUGGAUGUGGACAGAUAUUCUCCGCCUCCUACUACCAUGCUAUGUUCAACUGGAACAGACAAUACUUCUCACGUAACCAUAUGUGGAAUAGACUAGAUGUCUUUAGAGCCAUGGAGGACGGUGUGGAUCCGAUCAUCGUUUACAACAUCCACUCUUUUCUUUCUGACAUGUGGCCCUAUAUCACCAUGGGGAUGCGUCAGGGUGACUAUCAAAUCAAAAUGAUGGAGCUGCCUCAAGGUUAUCCUAAAAACCCUUUCUCCAUCAACCAGCUGUACAGAAUCUGUCAUUGUAAGAUCCCCAAGCAGAGGUUCAGGUUCUGGGAGGAAAACUGGCAAGAAGCUGACGACAUCUGGGAUGUCCUUAACGACAGCUCCUCCAUAUACCGCUGGCAGUAUAGCAGAGAGGAAUGGAACCUCUAUUGAAGACACACACACAGUACCUCGAUUUUUUUUUCUUUCUUAGCUUUUUCAAAACUACACUGUUUUUAAAAGAGUAUUGGUUACCUAGCAACCCCUAGAACCCAAACAACGACGACUCGUACCUUUACUGUUGUAUUUGUCCUCUCUUGCACUGAUGCCUGUUUUUUGGUUGUGUCCGAGGCGUUUUGGUUUUUCAUACUGUUGAGCCAGCUGCUCUUGAUCGCUGUCUUGACGCCACUCGCGUUUGAAGUUCAGAACGAGAAACUGUAGGCUUAUAUAGAAAUAUUGUCCUCGGAUUGAAAAUAAUCAGAAUUAGGGUUUUGAAUAUUUAUCAUCCUAAUCGAGGUGUAGAUUACAUCUCACACUUUCCAGUGUUCAAACAUGUCAGCAAGGCUGCAUGGGAUUUUCUCUCAAUGUGACUCUGUGCAGCCAAUGGCAAUGUCCACUUCAGUUAUAAUCGCGGGAGCCACUUGCGGGUUUGACAGCUCUAACACAGUUUUACUUUUUUUUUUUUUUUUUUUUAAAUCUGAUUUGAAUAGUCCUAAAUCGCUCUGGAUAAGAGCAUCUGCUAAAUGUCAAAUUUAUAUGUUUACAUAGCCUGGUCCCAGAUCUGUUGCGUUCUCGCCAACUGCUAUUGGUCAUUGGUGUGACCACAGGACCAUAGGAGUUGGCAAGAGCGCAGACUGCUCUAGGAUCAGGCUACAGUAGCCUACGCAUAAAUUGCAAGGAGUCACACUUCUGAAAGGUUUUCGUGUUGUAUGGUGCUUGAAACAACAGUUGUGGGUUUGAUUCCAACAUGGGCCACGUAUAGUUUUACUGUAUGUGUAUUGCUUGAGAUCCUUUUCUUAAUGACGCCGACAGUAUUACAUAAACGGGACUGUGCUGUAGGCUACUAGAUUCAAGCAGAAGUGGUGGAAGUACCGAACUACGAGGACAAUGUUUUCCGUACUACGCUACCUACAGAUCUGCAGAAUGAGUCCAAGUAGUCUAAAGUUAGUUCCUUCGUUUCUGACCGCUUUUUAUAACAAUAAUGUUUAAAGCUUUUGCUCCCCCCUCCUGCUUUUCUACAAAUUGGCAUCCAUCAUGUUGUGUUUUUUUGCCUUCAAUAUGCUUUGUUGCCAGCAAUAAAUAAUUUG